AUGAACUACUCCAUUUUGGUUGCUUAUUUCAUUACCUUUGCUAUAUUUCAUUCAUUACAAGCUCAAAAUUGUCCCCAAGAUUAUCUUACCCCUCACAAUGAAGCUCGUAGAGAAGUUGGAGUCGGCCCUAUGAUAUGGAACAAUAGUCUAGCAGACUACGCCCAAAAUUACGCCAAUCAGAGAAUUGUUGACUGCAACAUGAUCCACUCUGAGGGACCUUACGGCGAAAACCUAGCCGCGGGCUUCCCCCAUCUCCAUGCGACUGAUGCCGUGAAAAUGUGGGUAGAUGAGAAACAAUGGUACGAUUCUAAUUCUAAUACUUGUGCACCCGGAAAAGUAUGUGGACACUAUACUCAAGUUGUUUGGCGUAAUUCGAUAAGCCUUGGUUGUGCCAAGGUUCUGUGCAACAGCCAAUGGUAUUUUAUAACGUGCAAUUAUGAUCCACCGGGUAAUUAUAUUGGACAACGCCCGUACGAUGAUGUACCUGAACAACCAUCCUGCGAUUAA